AUGAUAAAGUCAAACUGCGUUAAUCUUGACAAGUUUAUGGAGGAGUUCAGCCAACUGGAACAGAAAAUCACAGAGGUUAAUGGCAAAAGCAGCAUGUUGGAGAUCACUUUGGAGGACGCCAACAGACUCACAAAGUUCAAUCUGACCAAGGAGAAGAGUCUGAUAGAGGAGAAAAACAGCCUCCUGGCCACAGUAAACAGACUUCAGAAGACUCUACAGGAACAGUGCAACCUCAGAGUGGAGAACGAGCGACUGAAGAAGGAUAUAACGGAUCUGAAGCGACAGAACGAGAGAACAGUGGAGGUUGGAGAGGCUGAAGUUCAGCAGCUGGUCAGUAAACUGAGAGCAGAAGAAGAGCGACACCAGAGGGAGCUGGAGGCUGUGAGACGACAGUGUUGGAUUGAAGUGGAUGAAGCACAGCGGCUGAGUUUCAAUCAGCUGGAAGCUAAAGAUGCUGAAAUAAAGAGGCUGCUGGAGCAAAAAGCUCUGGAUCUGGAGGAGAUGAAGAAGAAGCUGAAGGAUCAAGAGAAGGAGAGGCAGAGCGAGCUGCUGAAGUUACAGAUGGAGUUUGGUGCAAAGUUAGCCAGAGUUCAGAGCACAACCCAACUGAACCAGCAGCAGCAGCAACAUGGUUCCAGCCCUUUACCACAGAGCGUCUUUAAGAGGAAGCUGCAGUUCUUCCAGGAGGAGAAAAACAAGGAGAUCGCUGCUCUGCGUCAGAGAAUCAAAGAACUGGAAGAGAGUCAGCGCAGCUUCGCCGACGGCCGUCUGAAGAGAAGGAAGUUCUAGUUUGUUGCUGCAGACCGAGGUAGAAGAACUACCUGAAAUGUUCCUGCAGAUCAUUUGCUGAACUGUCCGGGUGCUUCUGCAUGACUAGAUCUGCCGUUCUCGCAGGUGACCAGUGUGCAGAGAGAACUUUCAAACACAUGCUGUAUUCCUGUCUAAGGCUUUAAUCCAAUUAGACGCCCACAGGAAGGGACAGACUGAGGGAGGGGGAGACGAGGGAGACGCACACUUCUGAAUGAAUCGCAUCACUGGAAGGCUAAUCCCACUCACUGUUUAUCUCUUUUCAUUCAGAGAAGUAAUUUACUACGAUUGCAUUGCCCUGUUCUUUUUAGAUUAUUUGAAUUCAAGCCCAAAGCCGCUGAAAUCUUGUAAAUUGUCUUCAGGGAGAACGUUUAUACUACUGGCUAGUUGCCAGACUAGAGGUAUGUUAGUAUAUCUUCUACUAAAUUACCAAAACCAUCACUUGAUUUGAGCAUAAAGCUUAUGAGAUCUUGUAAACUGUCUUCAGGGAGAACAUUCAUACUGAUACAGACAUUCUGGACUGAUACUCCUGAGCACUUCUUGUUGUUUAUAGUGUAGAGCUCGGUUGAUACUGGACUUUGAUAGCUAAAAAAGCUUGAAAAACGUUAUCUGAACUGUGCAAGGCUUCCAUUAUCUUUUGAAAUAAGA